GGGAUUUUGGCCGUUCGUUACCUCUGUGCUGUCAUCAUCUGGCGGCGGAACCAAUCAACAAAGUACCGCACUCUGUCAAUCGUUCCUCUUAUGAUCAAUUCUAUUUUUUGCCAGAUAAAAGUGUGCUUUAUCUGACAAUAUUUCUCGGGCUACUUUCUUCCCUGUCUCACUCUCCUGCAUAGUCAUGGAAGAAAAACCUAAAGUUUGUGUCCCAGACCAAUCUCAAGGCGGCCACGACGACUCGGAGCAAUCCACUAUUCCUGCGAACGUUCGAGCUGUCGCCUUUCCCGAAAACCCCCUUCCAGAAAAUCAUGAACAGUCCGAGAAGAGACGCCCAGGGGGCGUUGAGGUUAAACGGACGCUCACUCAGGAGGACAGAGAACUGGCAGCAGCUGGGUAUGAGCAUCUCGAACAACCAUCUACCGAAGCCAAAGGAACAGGAAAUCUCGACGAAAAGCCUGUAGACAUAACGGAACACACACUCCCUAUCGAAUCGCUUGGUUCCCAGCUCAACACGGAGGUAGAUACCAAGGAACCUGGGAACUCAUUCGGGCUAUCGGAACAAGAAGCAAGCGAAAGGUCAGCGAAAGAUGGAAAGAAUGUAUUGACUCCGCCGAAGAAGAAGAGUGCGCUUAGGAAGUAUAUCGACCGUCUCCUGACUAUGUUCAACAUCUUGUUGAUUCUCGCCGGUAUUUUGGAGUACAUCCUUCUUGGCAUUGAUUUCAAGAACAACUUCGCGAACACAUAUCUCGGAGCAAUUCUUAUUGCUGUAGCCUUCCUGAACGCUUUCAUCGACUGGUAUCAGGUUCAAAAAUCCGAAGCUAUCCUCGCGUCAUUCCUCGCUAUGAUUCCCCCUACCUGCCAUGUAGUUAGGGAUGGUACAUUAAGAAACAUCCCCGCGAGUGAGCUCGUGAAAGGCGAUGUUGUUUUAAUUAGAGUCGGAGACAAAACACCGGCAGAUCUUGUCAUUUUUAGUGCCACAGAUCUCAAAGUCGAUAACAGCAGUCUCACAGGCGAAUCUGAACCACAGGAACGACGGCCUUUAUUGGCGGGAAGUAAGGCGAGGCCCGUUGAGGCUGAAAAUCUGGUUUUUAAUUCAACUUUGGUGGUCAAUGGAGAAGGAUGGGGGGUUGUAGCGAGAACUGGGGAUCAUACUUUGAUUGGUCAGGUCGCCAAGUUGACAUCAGGAGAAGAGGGCAACGAAGCUCCGUUGGCGCGUGAAAUUGGUCGCUUCGUUAUCCAAAUAUCCGCGAUCGCUAUCAUUUUUGCCAUCGUUUUCUUCGUCGUCGGAAUAACUACGGUUUACAAAGGAAGAGCCGCCCAGACUGUGACAUUUGCCGUGUCAAUAUUGGUUGCUUUUGUCCCAGAAGGAUUGCCUAGUGUUGUCACAUUGCUCCUGAGUAUUGCCGCGAAGAGGAUGAGCGAACAAGGAGUGCUGGUCAAGGAUUUACAAGGAGUUGAGACCCUGGGAAGCUUGACGAUGUUGGCCACGGAUAAGACUGGAACAUUAACAAGAAACAUGAUGACGGUAACCAACCUUUGGAACGGCAACAAAAUGUAUUCUGCAUUCCAGUCCAACAAUGACGAAGAUGAUGUAGCAAUGUUCUCAAUGGAAGCUCCGGGCAUGCAAGAACUCGUCGACAUCGCGGCGCUCAAUUCUAGGGUGAAGUUUGAUCGUACGGAUGUGCCGUUAGACCAACGACAAAUUUUGGGAGAUGCCACCGAAACUGGCCUGACAAGAUUCGCGGGUCGUUAUUUGAGAGCCUUCGACGAGUACGUCAGGAGAUGGAAAAGGGUUUUCGAAAUUCCGUUCAAUUCAACCAACAAAUGGGCUCUGGUUAUCUUGGAGAAACCCCAUCCUACUGGAGUCCUCACGUCUUACAUCAAAGGAGCGCCCGAAAGAGUGCUAGCAAAAUGUACAACCUAUCUGCAUGUCAAAGACGACGGAGAGAUUAUGGCUUCCCCGAUUACGGAGGAUUUCAAGAAAAGAUAUGAAGAGGCUUACGAUUACAUGGCAUCCCGAGGCCACCGUGUGAUCGCCUGCGCUCAGCUUCUCCUCCCCUCGCGUGAAUAUCCUUCAAAUCACGAGUUUUCGCGGAACGACGGCAGAUAUCCUAGUGAAGGUUACUGUUUCGUAGGGCUCGUGUCGUUGGAAGACCCACCGAAACAUGGAGUUCGAGAGGCUAUCGGCACUCUAAGGUUGGCCGGGAUUAAGGUUAUGAUGGUCACUGGCGACCACCCUAAAACAGCGGAGGCUAUCGCACGGAAAAUCAACCUCAUCAUCGGAGAUACCCGGGAAACGUUAGCGGCUAAGACUGGAAGACCGGUAGAGGAAAUUUACGACGACGAAGUCCAUGCGAUUGUUGUACAUGGUGAUGAUAUCGAUCAUCUUCAAGGGUGGCAAUGGGAUCAAAUCUUCAAUAAACAAGAAAUAGUUUUCGCAAGGACUAGUCCUAAGCACAAACUCGAGAUCGUCAAACGCGCGCAAGCACUCGGGCAUAUUGUUGGAGUGACUGGCGAUGGUGUGAAUGACUCACCUGCACUUAAAAAGGCGGAUCUGGGUAUUGCGAUGAACCUUUCCGGUUCUGACGUCUCAAAGGAGGCAGCGAAAAUGAUUUUGUUGGACGAUAACUUUGCUUCUACUGUCAAGGGUGUGGCCGAAGGCAGGCAAAUCUUCGUUAACCUCAAGCGAUCGAUCCAAUACACUGUUACCCACAGUACUCCAGAAGUUCUUCCCCAGUUACUAUAUGUUGUUGUCCCAAUUCCGGCUCCUUUGACGGCCAUUUUAAUUUUGGUUAUUGAUCUAGGGUUCGAACUUUUGGUUGCUCUAUCCUUCGCUUGGGACAAACCCGAAACAAUAGACGGGUUAAUGCGUAUGAUACCUCGGAAACCCGUCAACGAACAAUCCAUCCUCACUCGUAAACGACGUGCUCUCCGUCGUACAAAAACGUUGCGCCGCGAUUCUGAGACCGGACAAGCUAUCCCCCCAAGCCGGAUUUCUGGCGUCUUUUCGUCUCUCAAGGCACCGUUCACCAAGGUGUGGUGGGAAGAUCGCUUUGAAAAAUCGGAUGAUGAGAAGCUGGUCGACGCCAAGUUACUCAGUUACUCUUACUUGGAGGCAGGGCUCAUUAUGGCUAUUGGGGAGAUGGUAGCCUAUUUUGUGGUAUUUUGGGUAAACGGGUUCUCUCCGACGGAUUUGAAGCGUGCACAACAGUCGGGUUCUAUUCAGUACUUUAUGAAGGACAGUCCACCCUUCGUCAACGGUCGCGGAGAAACAAUAAGUGCAGAGAAACAAGUAGAUGCUCUCGGUCAAGCUCAGUCAAUAGUUUACCUCUCGAUUUUCAUCAUCCAAUGUUUCAACGUCUUUGCAGUAAAAGCCCGUCUAUCUUUCCCAUUCGGUCGCAACGUUAUUGGCAACAAAUGGAACUUUGUCGGUAUCAUUGCCGGUGCAUGUUUGAGCAUGUUCAUUGUUUACACGCCUCCUCUCCACGUCGUCUUCGGAGGCUCUUUCCGCCUCUCGCCGUUGUAUUGGUUGAUUGCCGUUGCAUUUGGUGUUCUCCUACUUGCAUGGUCGUGCGUGCGUGUGGUGUUGUUGAGGAGCGGCUUGAACAAGGCCAGGGUGAAGGAUAUAAAUGGUUUGAGGAUGUUCCCGACCAUGAGGACGCGUACGAUGAGUUUACGGUCACGACAUUAGAAGAUGUAUAUAUCACGAUCUAUCACGUGCACGUUUCAUUUCCCAUUUUUCUAACCUGAUUACGAAGGAUUACGAAGGAUUGAUCUGGCUUGAAUGCCGACUAUCAUCUUACGACCGAACAUAGAUAUUUUUCUUCAUUUGUUCUCUAGCUUCAGUGCAAUGUAGUGCAAAUGGCGACCAAAUAUGUUUUUUUUGGUACCGUUGAUCGCAGUAGUAAAUUAGAAGUGC